GUAAUUAUCCAAAUACAAUGCGCCUAUCAUAAAUUCUUGAACAUGCGCCCUUUGCCCUAGAGUGUAGCGCAGACGAUGGACGUAUGAAAUCUCUAGCGUAAUGGUUAAGAGUUGAUUCUCAGGAAUUGACGACCUAAGGCUUACCCACCAUGCACCUAAUGCCUAUGUACAUGCAUUUACUCACUCCAUAUCCAUGGGGUCAAUCCUAGGGGUCGUUAAUAUAACAUAUCUAUAUUUUGUCUUGACGUGCGCCCUUUCAUCAAUUUUCGUAAUUUAAUUUAUAAACAAAAUGAUUCCAAUGUUUUUUUGUCCCAAUCGUGGAGCCGGAGAUCCUUUUCGACGGUCGGGAUGAUAUCGCGUGAUGUGCCGAUGUCACCGAGAGGGUGUUCACUGUGUGUUCUCCUCGAAGGCACUCUGUUGAAACCCAACAUGGUGACACUAGGAUCAGACACCGAGAAUGUGACACCUGAAGUGGUGGCGGAAUACACCGCGCGGGCUCUCCGGAGGACUGUCCCUCCGACGGGUCCUAGCGAUCGUUUUCCUGUUUGGAGGAUAGUGCAAGGAGGAGGCCACUCACCACCUCAAUGUGAUCAACAAGCUCAAUGGGAAGAAGGCAAGAAGCCAUGGUCACUUUUCUUCUCGUUCAGGCGUGCACUGCAGCGAAGCACCCUCAAGGCAUGGACCGGGAAGAAGGAGAGCAUCAAGAAGGUGAGGGAUGCUUUCCUCACGAGGUGCAAGGCGAACUCAAAGGCGACGCUCGGGACCUAUAAGGGCGAUGUUGUAGGGGCUGAAGGGGUCUUGGAGAGCCUCCAUGUCAAGGACUACAAAUCCUAGCUAGUCAUUUAUAGGAUGGAGUAGGAAUAAGUUGUGGGAGUGAAAUGCCUACGAACUUUUAAUGGUUAGAAUUGAUGUGACGUUUGAUUUAGGAGUUUGGGAAUGAAAGAAUGGAUUCAUUUCCAAAUCUUGUGUUUGGUUAAUAGGAAUAGAAUUGAAAUUUAUGAAUGAAAUCUAAAAAUU